GCCCGCAGCCCGCCCCCGCCCCGGGAUCCGGCCGCCAAGCCCGCGGCCAGGGCGGCGCAGACCGGCCCAGCGACUCUUGGGCUGCGCAGGGACGCGCCAGCGCACCCGCCCCUGGACCCCCGGGCUCGACGACACGAGGAAGCACCUUGGAGGUAGAAGGUUCUGAGGAAACUGACUGUGUACACAGCUGUUCACAAGACCUUGGCAGGACGCCUCCUUUCUCUCGACCUCUCCAGGUCUCCACCCCAGGACGGAGACCACCCAUCUCGUGCCUUCUCUGAUCAUCAGCCUCCCCAGGCCCAGGGGCAGGGCCUCUGGGAGAGAGAAGCAACAGACUCCCUCAGCCUCAGCACUGGGGACCGUCAAGGGCCGGCUUCCGCUCCGCCAUCUUCAUCGAGAGAAAGAGGCUGAGAAAGAUCCCUGAGCCCAGCCUGCCAUCUUCCCUGGCCCCGAGGUGGGCAUGGACCAGCAGUUGUGAGCAGCCAAAGCUGAUGCCCGGCCCCCAGGGGGGCACAGGAGCCCCCGCCAUGAGCCUGGGCAAGCUGUCUCCUGUAGGAUGGGUGUCCAGUUCCCAUGGGAAGAGGCGGCUGACAGCAGACAUGAUCAGCCCCCCACUCGGGGACUUCCGCCACACCAUGCACGUGGGGCGUGGUGGGGAUGUCUUCGGCGAUACUUCCUUCCUCAGCAACCACGGGGGCCGCUCUGGAAGCACCCACCACCGCUCACCCCGAAGUUUCCUGGCCAGGAAGCUCCAGCAGGUGCGCAGGGUGGGGGUGCCGCCUCGAAGGAUGGCUUCCCCAACGGCACCCUCGCCCGCCCCACCUGCCGUCUCCCCCAUCAUCAAGAAUGCCAUCUCCCUGCCCCAGCUCAACCAGGCCACCUAUGACAGCCUGGUGGUGGGCAAGCUCAGCUUUGACAGCAGUCCGGCCUGCUCCACGGAUGGCCGCUCUGGUUAUGGCCUCGAUUCUGGGUUUUGCACCAUCUCGCGUCUGCCGCGUGUGGAAAAGCACAACAGCCGUGACCGUGACUGUGACCGCGAUAGUGACCGUGUUCGUGACCGUGUUCAAGACCGAGAGCAAAAUUCUUUCCCGUCUGAGCCCGAGCUUCGACGCUCUGACUCUCUCUUGUCCUUCCGUCUUGACCUUGACCUGGGUCCCUCACUCCUCAGCGAGCUGCUAGGGGUCAUGAGCCUUUCAGAAACCCCGGCCGCUGAGACCCCAGCCCCUGCUGCCAACGCCCCCGCCUCAGCAGCAUCCCCUCCUGCCCCUCCUGCAGAACCCCCAGCCUGUGCCGUAACCACCCGAGACCCCGUGACAAGCCCCCCGGCCCCGGCAGCAAGCCCCCCAGCCUGUGAACAUUUCCCCAACGGGGGAACUGCUGUGCUGGGCCCCGUGGCCGAGGUAAAGCCCAGUCCUGUGGGAGAGAAUCCCCAGGUGACUCCCAACAUGGCCUUUGGCAAGUGUGGAGCCAGCUGGGGGGCCAGCCGGGCCAGCCGCCACUAUACCGAGAUGGAUGCUCGGCGGGAGCUGGCGGGGGUGCUACCGCAAGUCCACGGCUCCUGGGAGAGCCUGAAUGAAGAAGAAUGGAGCGCGCCUCCGGCCAGGGCCAGGGCCCCGGUGCCCAGCACGGUGCAGGUCAAUGCCUUUGAAUUUGCUGAUGCUGAGGAAGAUGAUGAAGUCAAGGUGUGAAGGACUGGGCAUGGGCUCCAGGUCCUGCCGUCCUCAGGACUCAGAGAGCAGAGGGCCUGAGCUCACCCACCGCCCCCUUAACUGCUACGUCUGCCCACAAGACAUGGACAGCUGCCCAACCAGAGCCCCAAAUCCUUCCUGGCCUGUGCAAGGAAGGCGUGGGUGAGGGGGUCCCUACUGAUCUGGCCCGCCUCCCUCCACUGCCUCUAGGCCCACUCGCCCUUCAGUCAUAACCUAUGCCAACCCCAUGGCCUCACAGUGUGGCCUUUGUGCCCCAGGAUGCUUCCCGGGUUGGGUAGGGGUGGGACAAGGACCACACAGGGCCAUUGUCUCUGAGUGGGACUGCCUGCCCCUGCCCAUGUAGAGCUGCCCCAGAAGGCCACCACUGCGCCCUCAGUUCCCAGAGAAAGGUCAGGUGUAACCUCGCAGUAGAUUCCGUCUUCUGUGUACCCGGACCUCCCUCCUGUGCCCGAUCGUAAAAGCUUUUCUGAUAAAAACUCACUGCCUAAGAAGCCAAGGAGGCAGCCCCCACUGAGAUGCCCUUUCCCCUCCUGAGAGUUUGGAAAGUUGAGGACCCCCUUUCACCCCGCCAACCCCCCCCCCCCAGCUAGAAGCGGGGUAGCCGAGGUAAUGAAUAACCAGCCUGGAAUGCUCAACGAUAAGAGGCCCAGGUGGGACCCUUAUCUGCAGUUCCUGGAACACCCUGGCCCCAGGUGCCUGGAACCAGUAUCUGCCCCAUAAUCCCAUGGGGCUGCUUGGCAGGUGCUCAGGUCACCAGGAGGGAGGCAGGUUUACACGCACAGGGUGGCUUGGGAGCACCUCCCACCCUCUUCUCUCGGCCGUGCCACACCCUCUGCCUCAGUUUCCAACCCUGUAUCAAAGGUAGGGGAGCAUUAACACUCGUGGGAAAGUGCUAACAGUUGUCGAUGUGGAAGUAAUAAAUGUGGACUCGUU